AACUUUGUAGAAAAUUCCCCUUUUCUCGCGGCGCGCUCAGGUAUCCUCCAGGUAUUUUCAGUCAGGGGGCGGAGCUUCCUGAACUCGAAACAUCCGGAUUCCUCAAAGUGCACGCGCCCCGAGUUGUGUUGGAGCUCGUUCAGGUCGGAGCGCGCCUCGCGGUUCCGUAGGUGUUCGACCGCGAGCCGGCCCCUCCCCUCUCCAGAAGUGGGACCUGCUCAGGUAAUCCAGGCGUACAGGUGUACGGCAGUUUUGGCGGGCGAUGACGUCAUAGAUAGGACAGGAUCUGCCUCCACGAACUGGUGUCGCGCGCGGGAGGUGAGCAUGGCCGCGUGCGCGGAGCAGCUGGCUGAUAUAGACCUGCAGGAGGAGAACGUUCCCGCCGCUCCUCAUGACCCGUCCAACCCGUUCUACGACGUGGCCCGGCACGGCAUCGUCCAGGUGUCAGGAGACGACCUCUUCGGCAGGAAGCAGAUCGUCUUCAGCAGCUGCUGUCUUCCUCCGUCCCACCAGCUGGACCACCGCCGCCUGCUCCAGUUCUUGAAGUUCACGUUGGACCAGUACGUGGAGAUGGACUACAUCCUGGUCUACUUCCACUGCGGCCUGAGGAGCAGCAACAAGCCGUCGCUGAAGUGGCUGAGGGAGGCGUACGGCGAGUUCGACAGGAAGUAUAAGAAGAACCUGAAGGCUCUGUUCGUGGUCCAUCCCACUAACUUCAUCCGGAUAGUGUGGAACAUCUUCAAGCCUCUCAUCAGCCGGAAGUUCGGGAAGAAGCUGAAGUACGUCAGAUACCUGGAGGAGCUGCGGGAACACCUGAACUACGAGCAGCUCUUCAUCCCUGCAGACGUCCUCAGACAUGACGAGGAGCUGCGAGCGGCGCAGAGCGGCGGCCCGCCUCCUGCAGCUCGGACGCCCCCUCCCCGCCCCCCCCUGCCCACGCAGCAGUUUGGAACGUUUCUUCACAGCAUCCGGGAGCGGAGCGGCGGCGCCCUCAUCCCCCCCGUCAUGGCACAGACCAUCCACUACCUGCAGCUGAAAGGUCUGAGGACUGAAGGUCUCUUCAGACGCUCCGUCCAGGUUCAGAUCAUCAAGGACGUGCAGAAGCUCUACAACCAGGGGAAGCCGGUGAACUUCGACGUGUACCAGAACGUCCAUGUUCCCGCCGUCAUCCUGAAGGCCUUCCUCAGAGAGCUUCCAGAACCGCUGCUGACCUUCAGGGUCUACAACCAGGUCCAGGAGAUCCUGGGUGUGGAGAGCAGCCUCAGAGUGAGCCGGUGCAAACAGGUGGUGGAGGGUCUGCCAGAGACCAACGGCAUCGUCCUGAAGUUCCUGCUGGGCUUCCUGCACCGGGUCUCUCAGGAGAUCCUCUUCAACAAGAUGAGCGCCUCCAACCUGGCGUGCGUGUUCGGCGUGAACCUGGUGUGGCCCCGGCACGGCUCCAUCUCUCUGAGCGCGCUCACACCCAUCAACAUCUUCACGGAGAUCCUGAUCGAGCACUUCCCGGCCGUGUUCGGGUCGGUUCCCGAUCAGCCCGUUCCCCCUCAGGACUCCUGUGCAGCAGCUGAAUAAACAUCUGAACCUGCAGAGAAA